AUCUAUUUAUUUUUUUAUUUAAUAAACGAGUAAGCAUUCGAGUUUCUCGAAAUUAUUUUUCAGAAUCUAAAUAUAACUAUUGUCUAUGUACAUACGUGAUAACACUUCCUAUUUUCUUUAGAUCUAAUGAAAAAAGAAAUGGAUGCGUCGUUUAACAUUGACGUCGACGUCUCUCUUCUGUUUCUAUUUUUAUUAUUAUUGUUGUUGUAUUAUUGAUCAGAUCCCAUAUUUUCUUCUUCCUCUUUUAUUUUUUUUCUUUUAUUAUUAUGAAUUGCAAGUCGUUGAAGAAUUAUGAUAAGCAAUUCGAUGACAAAGUAAAUAGGAAAAUGAAUUAACCAAUAACAUCAAUAAUAUUUAAUUCUUCUCUAACGAACAAAACUAAAAAUAACAAUUAUUUAAUUGCGAAGCUGCUUUAAUCCUUCUUGCUAAAUGAACGGAAGAAGAAAAAGGAUCCUUCCUUUAUUAUAAAGGAGAAGACCAGAAGUAAAAUUCCCUUCCGUUCCCUUAUUCGACUCAUGAAAACAAAGCAAAAAAAGAUGUAUCAAAAUAAAAGAUAAAGGACAUUAAAACGACGAAUAAAAAUUUAUAUCCCUUCCUUGAAAUACGAAACGACGCGAUGAGUCUGUGUGUGUGUAUGUGUCUCUCGCAUGGUUAAACUUCGACAUAAAUAAAACAUAGAGAAUUUUAAAACGCGACGCACGAGAUGGAAAAAGAAACGAGGAGAAGAAGGUUGCCGGCCAACUUCUUUGAAGGUUGUUCGCACGUGAAUUGGUGAACGCGCGACUCUUGGUUGACAAGCCAGGUGAUUGAGGCUGAUUGUAUUACACAAGGAUGAGAUCAUACGCCCCAUAUAAUAUAGGUCGUAUUCGAUUAACGCGAAGGAAGUCGAAUUAUUAUCGCGUUACCAAACCUUCCGCGUGAAUUACUGGUAAGAAAAACAAGCCUCGUUCGAAAGGAACGUUCGAAGAAACGAAUUCAUCGCGAUCUUCUUUUCUUUUCUUCUUUAAUCAACGCAAAGGAAUGUUAAUAAUUAAUUUUUUCCCCUCCCCCUUUGAAUUUAAACAAAAAUUUAAUCGCCGAAAAAUUAGACAGGAUUUAUAUUUAACCUUUGCAGAAACUUUUUAACAACACAUUCGAGAUAUUGUUGUACAUAUUGUCAUUCAGUUUGCAACUGGGAAUUAUGUAUUCCGAGGGGAAUUCUUUAGAGGAUUCUUUGAAUUUAGAGGAUCCUUCUUUUUUUUUUUUUUUUUUCAAAGAGAGAAAUUUAAAUUACGCGAAUCGACGACAACGAAGGAUUUGUUAAGGAUCAAUAAAAUAAUUUGAAUCCGAUUGAUCGCCCCGUAUUUUAUUCCUCGAGUUCUUUAGAGUUUUUUCUAGUAUCUUCAUAAACGUUAGCUUCGAGACGAUUCUUAUGAAUCUUCGAGUUUGCGAAUACGAAGAGACAGAGUUUGAUACGAUAACCUUACAAGCGAAAGGUUGUGACUUCGCUGUGUUUCAGAUUCUCGAAAAUAACAGGGAAAUUAGUCAUGGCAGAUAAUUCAAUCCUGACAAAAUAACAUAUUAGAUAAUACGAUAAACAACGCAGAGAGAAACUAUAAUUGGCUUCUUAUAAUUGGUUUAGAGUUCUUUCUCUCUCUUUCUCUUCAAAAAUAUAAUCGAAUUUCCAACGAAUUUUCAUCGCUUUUCCUUCUUCUUAAGAAAUUAAAAGAAGCUUCGUCUCUUUUUGCGUUUCGUAUUUCUUGAUAUUUUUUUUUCAAAUAAUAUUUAAUCGCAAAAGAAUCAUACGAUUCUUUGUUAUUUCUUCUUUGAAUUCUUUGAUUAGAAGAAAAGAUUUGAAGAUUAAUGGAAAAUUAAAAGCAUACAAUGUAUUCUAUCUUUGUAUUUUAUUUUAUAUCCUCUUUUUUUUAAUUGUAAAAAAAAAUCUUGGAAUACUUGGAAAAUUACGAGAAUUCUCUUCUUCUAUAGAGAGACAGAAAGAGAAAAUUAAUCUCUAUCAGUAUAAUCUGUAUUAAGAUUUCGAUGAUUCAUAAUAUUCUAUUUUGAAUUCACGGUUGAUAUCCUGUUCAAUAACAUUCCACAGCUCAUAAUUUUAAAAUAUUCGUAUCUUCUGUUAUUUGUUUCAAAGAAACAAGGCAGAGAAAAAAUUAAUAAAAUGCUUAUAAAAUAUCGCUCAAACAUCUCAGAACACAAAAUUAAUUAAUUAAUCAUAAUUUGUUUCAACAGAAGGGAAAAACAAAUUAAAUGAUUACAAAAUACCGAUCAAAACAUCUCAAAACACCGGAUCAAUUAAUCAUAAUUUCUUCGAUCGUGUAAAUUAUUCUAUUGAUCGUCGAUGCACAUGCAAAAAAUUCUCUUAGAUAUCUAUAUAUAUAUAAACUGUUCGUUCCUCGAAAUCGAUCCAAUUAUCUUGAAAUUAUUUCCCCGUGUCCUUGAUUUUCUCGUCGCAACGAAGUACGUGUAAAUACAGAGCCGCACUCGUAGGAUAAACGAUUUCUGGACCGUAUCGUAUCGUAUGAUUGACGUAAGAUCCAGCGACCCCCACCACUCCCCACUCACUCGUCUGCCUGCAAACGUAUCAAAGUCUCUGGCGAACAAGUCGCCACGGACAGUCCGCUUCUCCCUUUCGAAAAGAGAAUCAGCAAAUGGUUGCGAAAAUGAAAGUGCUAAUUUUCGCCGCUGUUGCGGUAUUCUGCGUCCAAUCUGUGUUCACCGUCGACACACACGAGCACAAUAAAGUUGUGUGCUACUGGAAUAGCACGGCUUUCGAGCGACAAGGGCCAGGAAAGUUCCAGCUGGACGACGUUCAGUCGGCUCUCUCCCUCUGCACACAUUUGAUCUAUGGAUUCGCGGGGAUCAACGCAGAGACGUUCGAAGUCGUUCCUCUGAAGCCAUCAUUGGACACAGGAGUCGGAUACUCUUAUUACAAACUCGUCACUCAACUAAAGAGAACUUUCCCAAAUCUCAAGAUCUAUCUCAGUAUAGGUGGCAACGCCGAUCCUGAUGACGAGACUCAUAAAUACCUCGUUCUCACCGAGACGUCGCAAUCGAGAUCGAAAUUCAUCAACUCUGUGAAUCGGCUCCUCAACGACUACGAUUUCGAUGGGAUCGACCUGGCUUGGCAAUUCCCACCCGCCAAAGUUAAGAAGGAACGUGGCACAUUUGGAUCGAUCUGGCACGGCAUCAAGAAGACCUUCGGCUACGGUAAAUUCAAGGACGACAAAGAGGUGGAGCAUCGUGACGGUUUCACCAUUCUGGUCCGCGACUUGAAGGCCCAGCUCAGAUCAAGAUUGAAGGAUUUGACCGUUGGUGUCCUACCUCACGUGAACAGCAGUGUUUAUUACGACGCGAGAUUGUUGGCGCCCAAUAUCGAUGCCGUCCACCUGUUCACUUUCGAUCAAAAGACACCGGAACGUAAUCCACGAGAAGGCGAUUAUCCAGCGCCCAUCUAUGAGAGUUACGGCCGUGUUCCUCAGGACAACGUAGAUUCAACAGCCAGUAUCGAUUCCGUUUCAAGGUACUGGCUCGAGAACGGGACUCCAGGUUCCAAGAUCGUUGUUGGGAUUCCAACGUACGCCCGUACGUGGAAGCUGACGUCGGACAGUCAAAUAUCAGGGGUGCCGCCAAUAGUCACCGAUGGCCCGGGAGCGGAAGGGCCGCACACCAACACGCCAGGCCUUCUUUCAUACGCGGAAGUUUGCUCGAGGCUGACCGAAUCUGCCGUGGGCCGUUUGAGGCGUGUCGGUGAUCCGUCGAAGAAGUAUGGCAGUUACGCGUACCAACCUUACAACGAGAACACAGGAGCGGAUGGAAUUUGGGUCGGUUACGAGGAUCCCGACACGGCUGGAAACAAGGCAGCUUACGCCAAGGCGAAAGGUUUGGGCGGAGUCGCCAUCUAUGAUUUGUCGUUGGACGAUUUCCGCGGUGUCUGCACUGGGGAUAAGUAUCCCAUAAUAAGGGCCGCUAAGUACAAGCUGUAAAAAAGUUACUAGAGAGACAAUAUACUCGAGAAAAUAUAUAUAUAUAUAUGAAAAUGUGCCCGUAAAGUUUGGAAGUUAUUUUGAAAAAUAUUGUUUUUUUUUUUUUUGUUUUGUUUUACGUCGAGAAGAUUUUCGCAGUUGAGUAUUUUGCAUUUUGCUUUUUUAUAUUUUAUAUUUCCAGACGUUAUUUUAUAAGUCGUUCGUCAAGUGUAUGUUAUCGUUUAAGAUAUUUUAUUAAGUGUUUUACAUUACGACGGACGAGACGAGAGACGAUUUGAAAAAAAAAAAAGAAUGUUGUAUUGGAAAUUACGUAUACGAGAAUAAAGAAUGAGAUAAUGAAAAUAA